GACUCCCAACCUUUGACGACGACCGGCCAACAGCUUCAACGGAGGUCCAAUUCCAAUCUUCCUGCGUCCGUCAACUGCGACACACUGGCGCCGAUCGCUUCUGCUCACGCGUCGACUCAUGAAUUAGCGUUUAAUUUUCAGGUUGCAGUUACCAUUUUAAACCCCAACAAUCCACCAGCUCUAUUCCUUCUGCUCGAUUCCAGCAACCUCCAACGCACGAUUCGAUUUGGAAUUCCGCAUUUGAUCCGUCGCCCGAUCUCCGUUCACCGGAGCCGAGUCCCGUUUUCGGCGACGCCGGAGAUCUCCGUCGGCGUUGAUUUUUGUUUCCCCGCUCCUUCGUCGGAUUUGAAGGACCGACCGUCACGCCGAUAACGGAUAAGUAGGAGAAGAUGCAUAGCAGGGGAUCGAGUCAUCGGUUGUCGGGAAUGGUGUUCCGGUCACGGAUUUCGAGCCUGAUGCUGUCGAUGUUGGCUACCUUCGCUUCCUUAUACGUCGCUGGCCGGCUAUGGCAGGAUUCGCAGAGCAGGGUUGACUUGAUCAAGGAGCUCGAUAAGAUAACUGGCCAGGGGCAAUCUGCUAUAUCGGUGGACGACACAUUGAAGAUUAUCAACUGCAGGGAGCAACACAAGAAACUAUCAACCCUAGAGAUGGAGUUGGCUGCAGCUAGAAAAGAGGGCUUCAUCUCUAAGCACUCAGUGGACGAUUCUAAGAAAAGACCGCUACUUGUGGUAGGAAUUUUUACAGGAUUUGCCCACAAGAACAACAGAGAUGCAAUUCGGAAGGCAUGGAUGGGAAGUGGUACAGCUCUAAAAACGUUGGAGAAGGAGAAAGGCAUCAUCAUUCGUUUUGUAAUUGGCAGAAGCGCAAAUAAGGGAGACAGCUUGGAUGGGGCAACCGACAGCGAAAACAGGCAGACUAAUGACUUCAUCAUUCUUGAUAAUCAUGUUGAGGCACCUGAGGAGACUCCAAAGAAGGCAAAAUUGUUCUUUGCUCAUGCUGCUGAAACAUGGGACGCUGAGUUCUAUGCUAAAGUGAAGGACGAUGUCUAUGUAAAUAUCGAUGCCUUGUUGACUGCACUUACGGCUCACUUGGACAAGCCUCGUGUUUAUAUAGGGUGCAUGAAGUCAGGUGAAGUAUUCUCUGAGCGGGGUCAUCAAUGGUAUGAACCAGACUGGUGGAAAUUUGGUGAUAAAAAAUCAUACUUCCGCCAUGCUUCAGGGGAGUUGUUUGUCAUAUCACGAGCUUUGGCACAAUUUGUAUCGAUAAAUAGAUCCAUACUUCAAACAUAUGCACAUGAUGAUGUGAGCGUUGGGUCCUGGUUUAUUGGGCUUGAUGUCAUGCAUAUUGAUGAAGCAAAGUUUUGCUGCUCAUCAUGGGCAACAGGAGCAAUCUGUGCGGGCGUUUGAUGCUUCGCUUCCGAUACCAGGGAUAUACUUCACACAAGGCCCAUCGAUUCUUUCAAGAGUUCUUUGCAUAUAGGAAUCUGCGACUCUUUUAGGUUAAUUGGUGGAGAGGUGACGCAUGGACGUGGAGAUUUGGCGACCCUCCUUUUUGACUUCAGCUCGUUGCUGAAGGUGACUUCAAAGAUGAAAACUUAAGGCCUAAAUUAGGUCCCAUGCUGGGAUGCAGAACAGUAUUCUUUGAGUGAAGCGACUAACAAAUGGGUCAUUAUUCUUUCAUUUAUAGUGGUGGAGGAGAUUCAGCCCCAUUUAACAGCGUCGUGCCCCUGAGAGAUUGUACUAUGAUUGACGGCUUACUCUCUUUGAUUAAAGAGAGUUCCUGAUAUUUAUGUCUGUACUAUGAUUGGCGGCUUAUUCUCUUGAUUAAAGAGAGUUCGUGAUACUUGUGUCUGUUCGAGGCAUGCUCCUGUCAACUGAUCACUGGCUGAUCUAUCCAGACUUGUUGUAGGAUCA